AUGCAGGAAGAGAGAGCACCGAGAGUGAAGAAUAGACUGCCAGCUACAGUACAGAUCACAGCUGAGCAACUCCUACGUGAAGCCAAUGAUCGUCAGGAUCCAAAAAUCCAACCAGCGAGACAACGUCUACAAGAUUUUGAAGAAUUAAAUGAAUUUCAAGGAAGAAAGAGAAGGGAGUUUGAGGAGCGUAUUAGAAUGCUUAGAAUUGAUCUUAAAACAUGGGCUUCUUACGCGAAAUGGGAAGCGAUACAGGGUGAAUAUGAACGUGCACGCUCUGUAUGGGAGAGAGCAUUAGAUGUUGAACCAACCGCACAUCAAAUGUGGUUACAAUACAUUGAUAUGGAACUAAAAGCUAGAAAUAUAAACCAUGCUCGUAACUUAUUCGAUAGAGUUGUCACUUUACUACCACGUAUCAAUCAAUUCUGGUAUAAAUAUGUACAUAUGGAGGAACUCAUUGGUAAUAUCGCAGGUGCACGUCAAGUAUUCGAAAGAUGGAUGACUUGGGAACCUGACGAUAAAGCUUGGUCAGCCUAUAUAAAGCUAGAAGAGAGAUAUCAAGAAUGGGAGAGAGUUAGCUUACUCUAUGAACGCCUUAUUGGUAUCAGACCUGAACCAAAAACUUGGGUGAAAUGGGCUCGUUACGAAGAAGAUAGAGGUAAAUUUGACAGAGCGAGAGAGAUAUUCCAAAUGGCUUUAGAGUUCUUUGGUGAUUCUGAAGAGCAAAUAGAGAAAGCUCAAAGUGUCUUCAAUGCAUUCGCCAAAAUGGAAACAAGAGCAAAGGAAUACGAUAGAGCUAGAGUUAUUUAUAAAUACGCUCUAUCUAGAUUACCACAAGCUAAAAGUGCAGAUCUUUUUGGUGCUUACACACGCUUUGAGAAGCAAUAUGGUUCAAGAGCAGGUGUAGAAGCCACUGUUCUUGGUAAACGGAGGCUUCAAUAUGAAGCUGAAGUAUCCGCCGAGCCAAAUAACUACGAUAGUUGGUUUGAAUAUUUAAAAUUAGAAGAAUAUUCGUACAGAAUGGAAGAUGCCUCCACGAAGGAGGAAGCACUUGGUAGAACAAGAGAACUUUAUGAAAGGGCAGUUUCACAAGUUCCACCAUCAAGCGAAAAAAGACACUGGCGGAGGUAUAUCUUCAUAUGGCUCUCUUAUGCCAUCUUUGAAGAAGCUGACGUAAAAGAUUUUGAUAGAGCCAGAGUCGUCUAUCAAACUGCUAUUUCUUUAGUACCUCACAAACAAUUCACUUUCGCAAAAUUAUGGAAUCAAUAUGCAAGAUUUGAAAUAAGGAGACUUAAUGUCGCAGGUGCUAGGAAAAUCUUUGGUACAGCUAUAGGAAUGUGUCCAAAAGAGAGAUUAUUUAAAGCCUACAUUGAUUUAGAAUUUGAGUUGAGAGAUUUCGAUAGAAUUAGAACCUUAUAUGAAAAAUAUCUUGAAUAUGAUCACUCAAAUUGCUCAGCUUGGAUACGGUUUGCACAACUUGAAGCUGAACUUGGCGAUAGUGGACGCGCUAGAGCAAUAUUUGAAUUGGCAGUUAAUCAAGAUGCACUUGAUAUGCCUGAAUUAUUAUGGAAAGCUUAUAUCGACUUUGAAACUGAAGCGAUUGAAGAAGGUGAAUCAAGCAGGAAUGCAGUUAGAAGUCUCUACGAUAGACUUCUCGAACGCACUAGUCACGUUAAAGUUUGGAUUGCAUAUGCUAACUUUGAGAAUACCGAGAUUGAUAAUGAGCAAGAAGAAGAAGAAGCUAGAGAUGAGAAAGCAAGGAGAGUAUAUGAGAGAGGAUACAACAAUCUCAAAGAGCGGGGACUCAAAGAAGAAAGAGUUGUAUUAUUGGAGUCAUGGAAAGAAUUUGAAACUGAGUUUGGCGAUGAAUCAACAGUCAAGAAAGUUCAAGAUAAGAUGCCUAGGGUUGUCAAGAAAUGGCGUAACACCGAAGAAGGUGUUGAAGAAUACUUUGAUAUGCUCUUCGCAGAUGAUGAGCAGCAGAGCAAUCCAGCAUCGCUUAAGUUCUUGCAAAUGGCACAUGCUUGGAAGACACAACAAAAAGAAGAUGAAACUAAGGAUGAAUGAAUUAAUACAUGAUAAUUUUAUUGACCGCCCAUUCUAACCAUUUGUUGCUUGAGUUUGAGCAUGACAACGGUACCAGAAGCGACCCACUCGUAGAGUUGGACGUCACCGUCGAACUGUUAGUUUGUUAGACAAAAG